UUCCUCUUGUUUCAGAAAUGGAGUACCUAAAAAUAUUCCUGAUGUAGACGUUGCAUUGCCAUGGAUCACUGGGUGACGGCGGCUAGCGCCCUGCUAGCGUUCCUCCUGUACUACAACACAUUAGAUGCGGGAUUUCUCUAUGACGACAGACGGGCGAUCCUCUCCAAUCCGGACGUCAUCGGACAUACACCGCUAAAGGCACUAUUUGAAAACGAUUUCUGGGGAACACCGCUUACAGACCCAGGUUCACACGGUUCAUAUAGGCCGCUGUGCGUCGCUACAUAUCGGCUCAACUACGCUUUUAGUGGAUUCAAGCCAUGGAGUUUUCAUUUUCUAAACGUAGUUUUUCACUGCAUAGCGUCAGCGCUCGUUGUUGUUUUGGCCCGCCGAUUGAUGCCGAGUUCCUGCAUACGAGUGGGUGCGGCAGUCGCUGGGCUCACCUUCGCAGCCCAUCCAAUACAUUCAGAAGCAGUGGCAGGAGUCGUAGGCCGAGCGGAUUUGGCGGCCUGCAAUUUGUUUCUCAUAAGCUUCUUACUGUACAGCGAGCACAUCCGAUUACGUGAACAACGCCAUAAACGAUUAUGCAGACAUAUCUUAAAAAGUAAUUUAAUGCGAAGAUCGAGCUCAUGCAAUGAUCAGCCGUUUCGACUAAGUUGCCAUAGCUUGGUCCAACACGUCAUGAUGAACUUUCGUCGAUUAUUGAAAUGUGGCAAAGCGGGUCCUAUGAAAGUGUUAAACGCUUGGGAAGCGAAGUCCGAGGCAGUGAGACUGAAGUGUCAGUACAGUGGCAGUGUCAGUGAGGACUCUGGUGAACUAUGGCAGUGGGUGACCCUAGCAGGAACUCUUUUGUUUGCCGUGGCUGCUACAUUAUGCAAAGAGCCCGCCAUCAUGGUCUUGCCUCUUUGUAUAUUUUACGACUUUUUGAAAGGGAAUCGCCCUGAAGAUCUCUACGCUAAGCAACGAUGGCGGAGCGUGUGUGCACUGGGGAUGGGGGGAGUGGCCUUACUGUACUGGCGGCUGCGGCUGACAGGAGCGCCGACGGCUUUCGCCGCCGCCGAUAACCCAGCCUCUCGCGACCCUUCGUUCCUCACCAGGACAUACACAUUCGCCUAUCUUCCAGUCUUCAACUUCUUCCUCCUUUUAUACCCGUUUCACCUCAGUUUUGAUUGGUCUAUGGAUGCCAUACCACGAAUAACGACCCUUUUUGAUCAACGAAAUAUUUCUACCAUAAUUUUCUACGCAAUUAUCUCUAAAGUAACUUGGCGGGCGAUAGUCACCGAAUUUAAGAAACGCCAAGAAAAUUAUUAUAAAGAAGCAAAGUAUUAUAAGAAACAAAAUUGUAAAAAUAAGCACAAAUGGAAUUACAAUUGCAAACAGUACAAUAGACAGGAACCUAUAGACAGAAAGAAUUACCAUGCACCUCACAAAGAAAACUCGGUGAAGCGGCAAUUGUGCCCUUGCAACGGCUGUAAGCAUGCGUUGACGGAGGAACACACCAGUGCAUGCCGGGCCAUCAAUAACAACAACACAAUGAUGCAUCACUCCGCCUGCGUGUGCCCGAUGGAACACAAUAAGACGAAGGUGCAGCCGGUGCAUAGACAGGUUUAUCGCAGCCCUCAAGUGGCAAUGCUCAUGUCUAUAGCAUUAAUGGCUCUGCCGUUUAUUCCGGCCAGCAAUGUCCUAUUCUACGUCGGAUUUGUGGUUGCGGAACGAGUAUUAUAUAUACCAAGUGUUGGAUUCUGUUUAUUACUUGGCUUAGGAACUGGUGCUUUGACCCGGAGUUGGCACAAAAGUGAAGCUAAGAGCAGAAUAUUCAUGCUUACUCUGUUAUUGGUGUUGUCGGCCCUGUGUGGAGCUACUUUAAGAAGAAACCUUGACUGGCAUGACGAAGAGAGCCUUUUUAAAAGUGCACUGCAUAUAAAUCCGCCAAAAGCAUACGGCAACCUCGGCAGCGUGCUGAGUGCGCAGGGUCGGCUUGCGGAAGCGGAAAUCGCGUUCGAGAGGGCGCUCAAGCACAGACCUAAUAUGGCCGACGUUCAUUACAAUUUAGGAAUCAUACUGCAGAACCAAAGAAGAUACGGAGAAGCUAUAAAGAGUUUUGAAAAAGCGAUUAACUUCCGACCUUCCAUGGCUUUGGCCUACGUAAAUCUCGGCGCAUCGCUGAUGGCGGAUGGGCGCCUCGCCGAAGCAGCCAGCGCGCUCCGUGCCGGCGCGCGCGCUGACGGCGUGCGUGUGCGCGAUCGGCGCGAGCACGACGCCGCUCGCGUCUCGGCGCUCGUGCAGCUAGCGGCGCUUCAUUCGCAAAGGGGGCACUGGCACAAAGCGCUGUCAGCGUACAAGGAGGCUCUACAGAUACUUCCGACUAGUAACGUUCCCGUUGUAGGGUGGACGAGGCAUAACCUGUUCUCCAUGGUCGGCGAAGUGCACAUGCAGCUCCAGCAGUGGGCGCAGGCAGAGCGCAGCUUGCUGUCCGCGCACGUCGCGUCCCCGCACCACGUGGGCACACACGUCGCUAUGGCGAGAAUACUUGCUAGGAAUACUACCCGAAGUGUGGAAGCGGAAACGUGGUUUAACAAGGCUCUACUUCUGGCACCAAAUGAUCCGUCAAUAAGAGACCAAUUUGGGAUGUUUCUAAGAUCACAAAGGCGAGUGAGGGAAGCCGCCGAGCAGCACGUUCUGGCAGCGCGCCUGGCUCCGACGGACGGCGCGCGCGCGGCAACGGCGGCGCGCGCGCUGCGGGACGCGCGCCGCUGUCGCUCCGCCGAACGGUGGUAUGCGAAAGCUGUGCAGUUAAAACCUGAGGAUGCAGAGUACCACUCAAAUUUUGGCGCAAUAUUACACUUAAAUGGCAAAUAUGCAGCCGCCGCAACAUCGUACCGUCGAGCCCUGCAGCUGCAGCCUAAUGACGAUAUCACCAUCACGAACCUCAAGCGAGUCAAAGCACUUAUGAGUAAUCAGCGCAGAAAAUAAGGACAAGACAAGUGUGUAUAAAGCAACACAUCAGGUAGUUUAGUGUAUGUCAAUUGCCAAAAUAUACAUCGAUAGAGUUACAGAUUUUUAAUUUAUACUGAUAUUAUUCGAUUAUUUACGGAUUUAGAAAUAAUUACUUACCUAUUUUAAGUUACGGCAAUGUGUUAGGUACACAUUUCCAUUGUAUCUAAAUUAAACAAUAGUUUCCACGUAACAAGUAGUUAGGAAUACGAAUAAUAAUACAAAUAUUUGUUACAUUAAUGAUAGGUUAGUAUGGAAUUAUUGCGAUUUGAUUAAUUAUAGGUGGUAUUAUCUGAUCGUAUCAAUAAAUUAUUACGUUGUUAGCUAACCGCAAGGCUCAAAGGAACGAGUAUAGCUCGAGCGUUUAGCGGUUUGAGCUUUUGGCGAAUGAAUUAAAUGCGUACCUAUAUUUACGUAAAUUAAA